UCGGUCACGAUCAGAUCGCGCUUUUCUCUCCCUUCUUCGAACGAAGCAAAAAAAAAACACGAGUCGAAAAAAAAGAGUUGAAACUGUUUAUCACAGUAGUGCUAAAUACAUGAUAUCUCCGAGAUACUGACACUGAAUUGCUGCUGGAAUCGGUGAAAUUUCGCAAUCCCAAUCGUGUGCCCUACCAGUUGCGCAUUUCCGCUGCAUCAUCACCGAUAGAGUCACUGCCAAAGGGCUAGUUAUUCCGGCAUCAGCAACAACCAGUCAGAAACAGAUUUCCGCCUACGAGAAACUAAAAACACUUACGUAAACACAGCCAACAGGUACGGGCUGUGGAGACGCCCGGUAAUUGGUGUGACAUCUUCCAUGCCGCGUCCGCCACCGCCGCCGCAGCAGCAGCAGCCUCAGUAAUUGUACUGAUUUCACGAUAAACGUUCCAUCGAAAAACAGAAAGAUGGGUAAUUCAUUAUGCAAAGAACCCCGUGGGGGCAGUUCCAUGCGCCCUGGAAGAGUAUUCGACAGUUUUGGAAACAUUAUGUGCCCCAAUGGACUACGAAAGAACAAACAUGGAAUCAAUAAGACAUACCUGAGCCGUCACGUAUUGGAGACCACGUCCAAAACAAACACCUUGAACAAUUGGAACAUCACUCCAAAAGACUCGCCGGAUUCGGCCAAGGUAAUUGACACACCUCCGGUGGCACCACCACGCAAAAAACGUACCACUCUGGAGCGCGAAACGUCCCCGGAAGCGAUGCUUAAAGUGAAGAACGGUUUCAAAGACGUCUUUGGAGCGGAAAGCCGUCGUCAAUCCUACGACAUUGUGGCCAAACGCAAACCAUCGGACACGGUUGACAGAGGCCUCCCGGCGAUGGCUGCAUCCAGCUUUGCAAUCGAUGUGAAGGAUGAAGAGUUUAGUGACUUUUCCAAAGUGCCCACCAAGGCAGAGAUGGAUGCCCCGAAGGAGGACCCGACCCAGAACGGUUCAGCAAAGGUAUCGCGGGUGGGUAACAAAAAAUCCGACAAGUUCUUCGGUGAAAAUCUGUCCGAUGCGUUAUCGGACGACCCGGUAGUGAUCGAGAGAAGAAAAAGUGCUAAAAAGGAGUUGCCAGAUUUGGAUAAGAUCGAUCAGUUUAUCGAGAAGCAUGUAUUGAAUGUGGCGGCAAAGUCCGAUGCUCAGGAGGUUCCUAAAAUUCAAGUCACGGAACCGGAUGCUAAGAUAGAACACGAGAAGCCCAUACCAGAGUCUUCCAAAGCGCAGAACCCGAAGGACAUUUUAGACAAAGACGAACUAAAUGAGAAGAAUUUUAUGAAAUAUUUAGAUGAGUCAGUUGGAAACGGUACUAGUCUGGGUAAGAAAGCUGAAUUUCUAAUGGCCAUGUUGGAAGACUACCCGAACAAUCGAUAUCAAGGAAUGACUCCUGUGGAAGAACCGGUUAUCGUUCCACGGAAACGUAAGACUCGUCACAUUUGUGAUAAAGAUGAACACAUGCAUAAUGUGCUCCACAAACACGACCACGAGGUUGAUUCGUCAAAGAACCUUAUAACCACAGAAGCAUCUAUCGAGACUCCUCCACGAAAACCAGAUCGAGACUUCAGUAGGUACUUAGCUCCCACGAACAACGACAAUGAUGACAGUGACGAUUCCUGUUCAUCCAGACCUAUUCGGAAACGAAAUACCUUGCAAACUCCACCAUCACCACCAUUCCGUCAUAGAAUGCCGAAAAGUCUUUCGGAAACGGAAUUUCACGGAAACCUAUCUGACACAACUACCAGCACUCCAAAGAAGCUUGACGCCCCGGUUGAAGUGAAGGCUCACUCUCCGAGAACACUGAAACGCAUAAUUUCGAUGCCAACUUCAAUUGGCAUGGUGAAGACGGAAACUAGAACCCCAAGUCCCAGACCGGUCCUGCUGAAGAGCAGCAGCUCCAGUUCGUUCCUAAUCAUGGAUCUUCAUCAAGCUCAUAUGAAGGUCGUACCGUUUACUCCACAGGAUCCAUGCCAUAAUGCGGAUGACCUUGUGAAGCCAAAAUCACGUCUUGUUAUGCGAAAAACAUCUACCAAAUCCAGCGAUGGAGCUUCAUGUACCGCGACGCCAACCCUGGAGUUACCCUCCCUAAAAUUCACCAUCGGUAGCAGUGAAGUCUUAAACAGCCCACCUGAUGUAGAGCCACCACCACCCCCGGUUCCAAGACGACAGAAGUCUACCGGCGGAGACCAGGAGCUACCACUCUCGCGCGAUCUCCUAGGUUACGAUUUGGGCGGCUUCCUGGUAUCAUCGAAUAUACUCCAGCAUCACGACAUAACCCACGUACUCAACAGUGUAAACAACGAUAAGAAUAACGGUGAUAGCCUCCUGAAAGAGUUCCAGGGCUUUCUGGAAGAUCAGAUUAAUUCCGAACUGAACAAUUCGAAUCCGAAGUAUCCCACCACAGUAAAACUGCUGAACAAGUUGGACAGAUCAUCGGAACCACCGGAAGACAAGCUAGAGGACAUCAGCAUCGAUUUGGUUGAAUCGGAUAGUUCGAAUAAGUCGUCCGAUAUGGACGAUUGUUUCGAUCCAGAGUUCGAGAAAAUCGAAAAGACUGAUGUGGAAGAAUCACGGGACAUUGAUAGCUUACCAAGUAGCUCCGAGGCUGAAUCCGUGGUCGAAGGGUCGGAUCAGUUAGGUUCAAUGAUUGCCGUCAAGACCGGUGCUGCUCGAAUGGGCCGUCGAGAAAGCAUUGAAGAUGUUGACAGUUGGUUCAAGAACCACAUCCCAUCCAACAUGGCAGAUGAACAAAUUAUAGGACUUCGCAAGCAGCGCAGAGGGUCGGAUGGUUUCGCGUACGACACGACUCGGCAGUAUCCAUUCGGGGAGGUUCGGCGCCGUCAUGAUUCUCAAUCGGCCGAAAUGUUCGAGGACAUUACCAAACUGCAUGAUCUGGGUAGCGAGGAGAAGGCGGACACGAAACCUCAGCAUUCGACGGUGACGGAUGAUCGGAUACGGAACCGCCGCGGAUCGGAUGGAUUGGUUUUCUACGAUACCAGUCGAAAGUUCCCAUUCGGGGAGCCGAACGUCAAUUUACCAAAGGCGAUCGAGAAGGAGAUGGCGAAUCAGAAGAAAACGAACAACGAGUUGAAAGAAUCGACAACAACGAACACUUCGUACGGUCAGAAUGUAGAGAAGCAGAAAGUGAAGGAGCAGGAAGCAAGCACUGCAAGCUCGGACCAUUCCACGUUAUUGAAGUUUUUGUCUAAGGAAAAUUUAAUGGAUUAGUGCGACUGGUUUCGGUAGGUAAGGUGGUUAAAAUAGUCCCAUUAAUGAGUCAGUAUUAUUAAUAGAUUGUAGGCAUAGCUGCAUUAUUAUAACCAGCAUAUUUGUUAUCCUUAGUCUGUAGGUUCAUGCUGAAAAUUAGUACACUUGCCAUCAGAAAGUCUUGUCACAAUCUAGA